GGGACAUUUUCACAAGCCAUAACUACGAUAACUGCAAUCAAUCCAUUUACAAUAAAAUGCUCUUCUUUAAAAAGGCAAAUAUGGAGGACUAAGGUACCAAGCUGAUGCAGUUAAGUGAAUGCUACACUGUAAUUACAAAAGCCAGCUCAAGGAAAACUUUGUAAUUAAGGGCCAAGUAUAAAAAGAAACCAAGGAAGGGUGAGGCCCGUGAGAAAGGAGCCCACAGAGAACACCACUGAAGACGGUCGGAGUCAGGAGUUUCCUCAGACUGAACCAGAGCCAUCAUGGACGCUCACGGAGGACACUACCUCAACAAAGAGGCCGUACUGUCACCUUUGGGCUUCACUCGCAUGAGCCAACUGCUUCUGGGCUGCACCAUUAUAGCCCUGGUGGCCCACAGUGCAGGCUACAGCGCCUCCUAUGGGACCUUCUGCAUGUUUGUAUGGUGCUUUUGCUUUGCAGUGACUCUGGUGGUGUUCACAUUGGACAUUACAAGACUGCACGCAUGUAUGCCGAUUUCUUGGGAUAACUUCACAGUUGCCUUUGCCAUGUUGGCCACACUCAUGUACAUCACAGCCUCAGUGGUCUAUCCGGUCUACUUCAUUGAAAGUGAGUGUGAAGAUGAGAGCUGCGAAAGCCUGUACUACCGAAUUGCAGUGACAGUUUGCUCCUGUAUCUGCUGCUUUCCUUAUGGUGUUGAGGUGUUUCUGACACGAGCUAAGCCUGGAGCUGUGGUGGGUUAUAUGGCCACAGUCUCAGGGUUAUUAAAGGUAGUCCAAGCCUUUGUGGCCUGUAUUAUUUUUGGAGCCCUGGCUCAUGACAGUGAGUACACACUCCACAUGGCCACUGAGUACUGUGUGGUGGUGUACAGCCUGUGCUUCACAAUCACCGUAGUAGUGAUCAUAGUGACUGUUUCAGGCAGGACCUCAUCUCUGCGCUUCCCCUUUGAUCGAUUUGUAGUGAUAUACACCUUCUUUGCUGUUAUUCUGUACCUCAGUACAGCACUUGCUUGGCCAAUCUUCAGCUUUGAUAAGAAGUAUGGUACCACCAGUCGCCCAGAGGACUGCCCAAGAGGAAACUGUCCCUGGGACACUAAGCUUGUGGUGGCAGUGUUUACAAAUGUUAACCUGAUUUUGUACUUUGUUGAUCUUAUUUACUCCCAAAGGAUUCGCUUUGUCUCAGCCUCAGCAUCAGCAUCAGCUGCGUGAAAAACUCUUCAUUAUAUUUUUUAUGUUUUACCACAGCACAGUUCCCUGUACUCACUAAAGCGCUGUAGGUGACUGCAGUAUUAUAUAUAAGUGAACAUUUUGCUAAGUUAAAUAAUUCAGGCUAGCACCUACCUGAUAAAGUCAGAUGGCUUUGCCAAUCCAUCACCCAUGUUUGCUGUGUGUACUUUAAUGCUCUUCUUUAGGGGAGAAUGGUGUGUAUUAGCCACAGUGGACCUAGAGUGGCAAACUAUUAAAUCAGUACUAUCACAUUAAUAUAUGUAUUACAGU